AAUGGGAUAUACUUAUUGCCUUAGGAGACUUGGUAGAACAGGGGCCAGGAUAAGGGAAAAAGUCCCAGCAUCCUCUCUUCACUUAGCUAUUUUUAGUUUCAUUUGCUGCAUUAAUUAACAAAAAAAUGGCAGCGGCAACCGCAAACAGCUGGUUCACGGUGCUCACCUCCACCGGCGGCGGCACUACACGAUGCUCUCUCUCAUCUCACCGUCUCUUUUCAACUUCCCUUAGACCUUCUUCUUUAUUCCUUCCUAAAGCUUCCACUCAAAAUCAAAACCAUAACAAAAAUGUUCUCAAGAAAUCAUCCGAGAAAGAAGCUGGUAAACAGAAGUUUCCACGGAGAUCAAAAAAUGAAGGGCCUUUUGCAAAUGCAGAUGGCAGGAGCAGUACGAAUGAAGCAGGACGAUCUCAACUGACAUCAAUUAGAUCAUUUGGUCUGCAGAGAAAAGGGAAGGGAGUUCUGUUAGAUUCAAAGGAGCAGCAGGUAGAAACCAGUAGCUUCCAAGAUGCAGCUUUUCUUAAUGCUGUUGUGAAGGUUUACUGUACACAUACUGCUCCAGAUUAUUCCCUUCCUUGGCAGAAACAAAGACAAUAUACAAGUACUGGAAGUGCUUUCAUGAUUGGUGACGGAAAGCUCUUAACCAAUGCGCAUUGCGUUGAACAUGAUACACAGGUCAAAGUGAAGAAAAGGGGAGAUGACACAAAAUAUGUUGCUAAGGUUCUAGCCAGAGGGGUAGAGUGUGACAUAGCUUUGCUAUCUGUGGAAAGCAAGGACUUUUGGGAGGGAGCUGAGCCCCUUCGUUUUGGACGGUUGCCUCGUCUGCAGGAUGCUGUCACUGUGGUUGGCUAUCCACUUGGAGGAGAUACAAUAUCUGUGACUAAGGGGGUGGUUUCAAGAAUUGAGGUUACAUCAUAUGCUCAUGGAUCAUCUGAGCUCCUGGGCAUUCAAAUAGAUGCAGCAAUAAAUCCUGGUAAUAGUGGCGGUCCUGCAUUCAAUGAUGAUGGAGAUUGCAUUGGAGUGGCAUUUCAGGUUUACAGAUCUGAUGAUGCUGAAAAUAUUGGUUAUGUAAUCCCCACUACAGUUGUGUCUCAUUUUCUGGAAGAUUAUGAGAGGAAUGGGAAGUAUUGUGGUUUUCCUUGCCUUGGGGUCUUGUUGCAAAAAUUGGAGAAUCCAGCACUACGUGCCUGCUUAAAAGUGCCAUCUAACGAGGGUGUACUUGUCCGGAAAGUUGAGCCCACUUCGGAUGUCAGUAAUGUCUUGAAAGAGGGCGACGUCAUUGUUAGCUUUGAUGGUGUUCAUGUUGGGUCUGAAGGAACAGUGCCGUUUCGAUCAAGUGAACGUAUAGCUUUUCGCUAUCUCAUUAGUCAAAAAUUCAGUGGUGAUUCAGUUGAGCUUGGUAUUAUAAGAGAGGGAGAAUUCAUGAAAGCUCAAGCAGUUCUGAAGCCGCGUGUGCAUUUGGUUCCUUAUCAUAUAGAAGGUGGUCAGCCUUCAUACCUAAUAGUUGCAGGCUUGGUAUUUACACCACUAUCCGAACCACUAAUAGAGGAAGAAGAAGAUAGCAUUGGGCUGAAACUAUUGACCAAGGCUCGAUACUCUUUGGCCAAGUUCGAAGGGCAGCAGAUUGUUGUACUAUCCCAGGUCUUGGCGAAUGAAGUAAAUAUUGGGUAUGAGGAUAUGAGCAAUGAGCAGGUCUUGAAGUUGAAUGGCACCCAAAUUAAAAACAUUCACCAUUUGGCUCAUCUAGUGGAUUCUUGCAAAGGCAAAUAUUUAGUGUUUGAAUUUGAAGACAAUUUUUUGGUCGUUCUCGAAAGGGAGGCAGCCCUAGACGCCUCUUCUAGUAUUCUCAAAGACUAUGGCAUUCCAGCUGAAAGAUCAUCCGAUCUUAUGGGAGCAUAUGUUGAUUCCAUAGAACAAAGUGAAGCAACCAAUCAACAGAACUUUGGUGAUAGUCGAGUUUCUAACUUGGAAUUUGGCUCUGAAGGGCUUCUUUGGGCUUCAUCACAUAACCAAUGAAGCUUGAUCCAGAUUCUCACUUGAAGCCAGCCAUUCUUUCAAAGUUUUCAUGCCUAAGAUGGUUAUUUUGAUGGUGAAAGAUCUAUGUCACAUUUGGUUACUUGAGGGGAAAGAAAUCAGAUGACCAGGCAAUACCUGCAUUGAGACUCUACACACGAGUGCUUUACUUGGCUGGCUUCUGGGUUUGUAACAAGAUUGGCAGCAAAGUGAGCAAGCAAUUAUGUAGCAAAUGAUACAAUUGAUGACGCAAAAGAACUGUCCCGUUGAAAUCAAGGUGCUGGUGGCCAUUGCCUUUGAAUGAAAUGAAAGUGCAUGGCCCUGCACAUUAAAGUAUGCAUCAUUUCUGAGGUUUAUUUUUUCAGGUUAAGGCUGUAGCAUCUCUUUUUAGGAAAAUUUUGAGAAAAGAUGUGAUUUGAGGUUUUCUAACCAUUCACACAAUUCAAUAUAUGUAACAAUUAAUAAAGGAGCUUCCAAUUUAAUUCAGUACUUUUGUUUU